GGUGAGUUUCCCCCAUUAUGGCGGAAGGACCAGCCGUGCGGAUGGACCGUCUCUCCCACUCUGAUGCUUGUUUUGUGUCUUGAGGGAGGGGUUUUAUUUUUGUUUUUUAAACAUUUCCCCGCAACAGCCUGGUGUCUUUUCAACUAGACUUUACUCGUGUUUCUUCGCGAAGUCAUGGCGGACCGCAGCGUGGAUUUGUCCGCCCUGCCAAAGGAGGUUAGAGACCAGUUGGCGGAGUUGGAUCUGGAGCUGUCUGAAGGUGACAUCACACAGAAGGGCUAUGAGAAGAAGAGAGCCAAGCUGCUGGCCUCCUACAUCCCCCAUUUGCCAAAUGCAGAUCUUUCUCUGCCAGAUGUACAGCUUUCCCCAAGCCACAGUGCCGACCCCAGCCCAAGUCCUGAGGCCCCAGGCCCCUCCACGUCUUCAGCCUCUAGACACCAUCGUGCACACCGCAGUGGAGGGGCCAGGGAUGAGCGCUAUAGAUCAGACAUUCACACAGAAGCUGUACAGGCAGCUCUGGCCAAACACAAAGAAGAGAAGAUGGCACUGCCUAUGCCAACCAAAAGACGCUCAGCCUUUGUCCAAUCUCCCACAGAUACCUGCACACCUCCAGACACAUCCUCUGCAUCAGAGGAUGAGGGCUCACUGCGCAGAAAGGCAGCUCUCAGUGCAGUGCUUGCCCAGAGCCUGCAGAGCCCCGAUUAUUGGAUCAAUCGCUCCGUCCAAAGCUCUUCCACAUCCUCAUCUGCUUCCUCCACCCUCUCCCAUGGAGAGCCCAAGACUCAGCCUCAGCCACAGCCUCCACCUGCUGCUUCUGUGUUAGCAGAUGUACUGGCCCACACACGCAUAGAAAACAGUGUCCCGCCAGAUGUGACAUCCUCCACUCCUCAGGAGAGAGGAUCAAGAGUGGACCUUCCCCCAGCAGUCAGGGGCAUGAGCCGUGGACAGAGCCGCUCCAGCAUGCUGGAUACUGCUGACGGAAAAAGAAAAGGAGUCCCUGUCAGCAGCAGGGUGUCCACUAAGAUCCAGCAGCUGUUGAACACACUCAAACGGCCUAAAAGACCUCCACUUAGCGAGUUCUUCCUCGAUGACUCUGAGGAGAUUGUAGAAGUUCCCCGGGCCGAUCCCAACACCCCCAAACCCGAAGGACGACAGAUCAUCCCAGUAAAGGGGGAGCCUCUUGGAGUGGUCAGUAACUGGCCUCCUGCCCUGCAGGCUGCCCUCGCCCGUUGGGGGGCCACCCAGGCAAAGAGCCCUGCUCUCACAGCCCUGGACAUCACUGGCAAACCCCUCUACACACUCACAUAUGGAAAACUAUGGAGUCGCAGUCUGAAGCUAGCUUAUACACUUCUAAAUAAAUUGGGCACCAAGACAGAACCUGUCCUACAACCUGGAGAUCGAGUGGCGUUGGUGUAUCCAAACAGUGAUCCUGGCAUGUUCUGGGUAGCCUUCUAUGGCUGUCUGUUAGCUGAGGUUAUCCCUGUGCCCAUUGAGGUGCCGCUGUCACGACAGGAUGCAGGCAGCCAGCAGAUUGGCUUCCUAUUGGGCAGCUGCGGUGUGAGUUUGGCCCUGACCAGUGAGGUUUGCCUUAAAGGGCUGCCAAAGACACCAAAUGGAGAGAUCAUCCAGUUUAAAGGAUGGCCGAGGAUGAAAUGGGUUGUGACAGACACCAAGUACCUGACCAAGCCAUCCAAAGACUGGCAGCCUCACAUCCCCACUGCCAACACAGACACUGCCUACAUAGAGUACAAAGCAAGUAAGGAGGGAACAGUGAUGGGAGUUGCUGUGUCCAAGAUCUCCAUGCUGACCCACUGUCAAGCCCUGACUCAGGCCUGUAACUACUGUGAAGGGGAGACAUUGGUCAAUGUGUUGGACUGCAAGAAGGAUAUGGGCUUGUGGCAUGGUGUCCUAACAAGUAUUAUGAACAGAAUUCACACAAUCACUGUGCCAUAUUCUGUAAUGAAAGCCUGUCCCAUGUCCUGGGUGCAGAGGGUCCACAUUCACAAAGCACGUGUGGCCUUGGUGAAGUGCCGUGACCUCCACUGGGCUAUGAUGGCCCACAAGGAUCAGAAGGAUACCAACUUGUCUUCUAUACGUAUGCUUAUCGUAGCUGACGGAGCCAACCCUUGGUCUGUGUCGUCUUGCGAUGCCUUCCUAAAUGUGUUCCAGUCUCAUGGUCUGAAGCCUGAGGUCAUUUGUCCAUGUGCUACCUCUCCUGAGGCCCUGACUGUGGCCAUACGCAGGCCUGGUGCACGAGGAGCUCCACUACCUGCCAGAGCCAUCCUGUCCAUGGGGGGGUUGAGCCAUGGGGUAAUUAGGGUCAACACAGAAGACAAGAACUCUGCUCUCACUGUACAGGAUGUGGGCCACAUUAUGCCUGGAGCUCUGAUGUGCAUUGUGAAACCAGACGGGCCUCCACAGUUGUGCAAGACAGAUGAGAUUGGAGAGAUUGUUAUCAACUCGCGAGCUGGAGGCACCAUGUACUACGGUCUUCCGGGUGUCACCAAGAACACAUUUGAGGUGAUUCCUGUCAACCAGGCUGGAGCACCCAUUGGAGAAAUUCCCUUCACUCGAACUGGUUUACUUGGAUUUGUGGGACCGGGAAGUCUUGUGUUUGUUGUUGGGAAGAUUGAGGGACUCCUGAUGGUGAGCGGUCGACGCCAUAAUGCUGAUGACCUGGUGGCUACUGCGCUAGCAGUGGAGCCUGUCAAAACAGUUUACAGAGGGAGGAUUGCUGUGUUCUCAGUGACAGUGUUUUAUGACGAGAGGAUAGUGAUUGUGGCAGAGCAGAGACCUGAUGCCAGUGAGGAAGACAGCUUCCAGUGGAUGAGUCGAGUUCUGCAAGCCAUCGACAGUAUCCACCAGGUUGGCCUUUACUGCCUCGCUCUUGUGCCAGCAAACACCCUCCCAAAGACACCACUUGGAGGCAUCCACAUCUAUGAAACCAAGCAGAACUUCUUGGAUGGAAACCUACACCCCUGCAAUAUCCUCAUGUGCCCACACACCUGUGUAACAAACAUGCCCAAGCCACGUCAGAAACUACCAGUGGAAGUUGGUCCAGCCUCUAUGCUAGUUGGAAAUUUGGUGGCGGGGAAGCGGGUUGCUCAGGCUACAGGAAGAGAGCUGGGUGUGGUGGAGGAUCAAGAUCUCAUUCGAAAGCACCAGUUCUUGUCUGAAGCUCUGCAAUGGAGAGCUCAAACUGACCCCGACCAUGUUCUCUAUGUGCUGCUCAAUGCCAAGGGGGUAGCAGUAUGCACAGCCACUUGUGCUCAGCUACACAAGAGGGCAGAGAAAAUCACGGCUACCCUGAUGGAAAGGGGAGGCAUUAACACAGGGGACAACGUGGUGCUGCUGUAUCCCCCAGGUAUUGACCUGAUAGCUGCCUUCUAUGGCUGCCUCUACGCAGGGGUCAUCCCUGUGACCGUGAGGCCGCCCCACCCACAGAACCUGGCUGCUACGCUCCCUACUGUCCGCAUGAUCAUUGAUGUGAGCAAAGCAUCUUGCAUCUUGACCACUCAGCCCCUCAUGAGGACCCUCAGGUCCAGGGAGGCUGCUGCCAGUGUCAAUGUCAAAACAUGGCCAACCAUCAUUGAUACAGAUGAUCUUCCUAGAAAGCGGCCUCCACAUAUCUAUAAACCUCCUACAGCUGAGAUGCUGGCCUACCUGGACUUCAGUGUGUCCACCACAGGCAUGUUGACUGGAGUCAAGAUGUCUCAUGCAGCUGUCAGCACUCUUUGCCGCUCCAUUAAGCUGCAGUGUGAGCUCUACUCCUCACGCCAAAUAGCCAUCUGCCUGGACCCAUACUGUGGCCUGGGCUUCGUCUUGUGGUGCCUCUCCAGUGUUUACUCAGGUCACCAGUCCAUCCUUAUUCCUCCCCUGGAGCUGGAGAUCUCGCUGCCUCUGUGGUUGAGCACACUCAGUCAGUACAAGAUCAGAGACACCUUCUGCUCCUACUCUGUCAUGGAGCUCUGCACCAAAGGCCUGGGCACACAGACUGAGAUGUUGAAGGCACGCGGUCUGAAUCUGUCAUGCGUGCGGAGCUGUGUGGUGAUCGCAGAGGAGCGGCCUCGUCUCUCUCUCACGCAGUCCUUUUCCAAGCUCUUCAAAGACAUCGGCCUGUCACCCCGAGCCGUCAGCACCGCCUUUGGCUCCAGGGUCAACCUGGCCAUCUGCCUGCAAGGCACUUCAGGACCAGACCCCUCUACUGUCUAUGUUGACAUGAAGUCCCUCCGGCAUGACAGGGUGAGGUUAGUAGAAAGGGGAGCGCCACAGAGUCUUCCACUCAUGGAGUCCGGCACUAUUCUGCCAGGUGUGAGGGUCAUCAUAGUCAACACAGAGACUAGAGGCCCACUGGGAGACUCGCAUCUUGGGGAGAUCUGGGUGAAUUCUCCUCACAGUGCCAGUGGCUACUACACCAUUUAUGGGGAGGAGAGUCUACAAGCAGAUCACUUCAACACCAGACUCAGUUUUGGAGAUCCUCAAACUCUGUGGGCCAGGACAGGAUAUCUUGGCUUCAUCAAAAGGACUGAGCUGCUGGAUGCAAGCAGAGAUCGCCAUGACGCCUUGUUUGUGGUGGGCUCUCUUGAUGAAACAUUGGAGCUGAGGGGCUUGCGUUACCACCCCAUCGACAUCGAGACGUCUGUGUCCCGAGCCCACCGCAGCAUUGCGGAGAGCGCUGUGUUUACAUGGACCAAUCUGCUGGUGGUGGUGGCGGAGCUUAGUGGCUCAGAGCAGGAGGCCUUGGACCUGGUGCCACUUGUCACCAACGUGGUCUUGGAGGAGCACCACCUAAUCGUCGGGGUGGUUGUCAUCGUGGACCCCGGGGUGAUCCCCAUCAAUUCCAGGGGAGAAAAGCAGAGGAUGCAUCUGCGAGACUCCUUCCUGGCGGACCAACUUGACCCUAUCUAUGUGGCCUACAACAUGUGAAUGACUUUCAGAAGUUGAUGCAGAAAACUGAGCCAGGUUCUGCCAACAGACAUGAGGGACAAAGAUGUGAGCAGUACGCCCCCCCCACCCAAUGUUAAGCCUCAGACACAUUCAAAAGACCAAACAAAGUGGGAAUGCGAGGACAGUACAACCACUGUAAUAACAACAUGCUUCCCUCUCAGAAACUGCUCUUUCUUUGCUUCCGCCUGCUCAACGGCUGCAGUCCAGGUUUAUCAACAUUUCUCAAACCAGGGAGGAUUUUCUCUCCUUAAAAGUGAACACGUCUCACCUGGAAGAAAUCUGAUCUUCACGUACUGUUUGCUCACCACUUCUCCCUCAGCUAUCCAAUUCACGUUUUUUUUAUUUUUUUUUAAAGCAUUUUUAAUUGCAUACUUUCCUCAAAGACAUACUUUCAUUCCUCCUUUCAUGCAUUUCUGUUUUCAUCUAGAACCAUACAUCUAUGUGUGUUUGCUUUGUUUUGUAACCCCUAUGUUCUUGAAGGCAGGGUGGUGCACUGGAACUUUCUAUUCCCCUUGCACUUUACGUUCUCACCACUGACUCCCCGUCCUGUCUCACCUGCCCCAAUGGGAGAACUCUUUGUCCCCCAGCCCCCCAGGAUUUUUUUUUUUCUUUUUUUUUUUCUUUUCUGCUGUCACAACAGCGAAUCUGCAUCAGUAUUAAAAGUGCCAGUAGUCAGUCCAGUCCGCGGCGGCAGUACUGGCUUACAACCUGCCCACCAGGUGCACAGUGGCUCUCACUUCCAACUACAUACUGUAUUUGCCUGUAGACGUGGUAUCGGCAUUCACUUAUUGCAAAAUGUCCUAAAAAUACACUUGAAUUACUUCUUGGUGCAAGAAAAGACAGACCAGCCUCAGAAACACACACACCUGGAUAGUUAAGAGACAUUCUUCAUUUUCAGUGAGUUAGAGUCACCGAGCUAUAUUGUCGGAAUGUGAUAGUACUAAUAAUUUUUUUAUAUAAAAGCACCAAUUUUCAGAACAGAAUUUGCAGCUAUACCUGAUGUUAAGGUGUGCUUGCUAAUUAAGAGUGCAGUUGAUGUCUUCUUGCAGGCUACAAGAAAACAAACAAAAAAAAAGAAAUAAAAAAACAAACUAACAAGCAAAGGAUUUGCAGUAGUGGAUUAGGUGGUUCUGAACAGCCAGGCCCCAGUUUGUGCCUCUUAUUAGUCACAGCUCAGGAAUAAAUACCAUGUAUUAUUUAGCCCACGUGUUAGAUAAUAGUUGAUGCUGUUCUGAAGACUUCUCAAAGAUUUUCUUUUAGCCAUCUGGAUGAAUAAACACUCUUAGUACAUGUGGAAAUUAAAAUGUGUCUACUUUAAUCCGACACCUUGGACAGAUCUUUGUAUAUCAGUUCACAUUUGGAUUAGAGUGCAUCUCCACCUGCAUCUUGAACGAAUGCUUGUGAUUGGACCUCACUUUCCUGCUUUCUAUGCAAAUAAACAGACUCCAUCACACACAGCCAGCUGUGAGCAACAAACAUCAGUGAGGCCUUCAUUCAGGCAUAAACAUGUUUCACAUCUCAUCCAUUUAAUAGCAUUACUUGAUUGACAUUCUAGUAGUUUAUGUAAUGGAUGCAAUGUAAGAAAAGUAAAGAAACCAAAUUAGGAGGUUUGUUUGAAAGCUCUGUAUGAGCAUGCUGAUAAAUGAUGAUAAAUUCUGCUGAUACCAGCUCUUAGAAGCAGGAAUAAUGGAAGCUUGGCUCCAGUUUCUCAGAACAAGGAGUAAUUGUUGGCCCCCCAAAACCUGCAGGAGGGAUCCGUAGCUUUAAUACUACACACACAGUUGUUUCCAUUCCUGCUGCAGAAAUUAACCAAACAAAGCACAGAAAGAUUUCAGUCCUGGUGGAAAUGCUUUUUUGUCACAUAUUUUUAAGACACUGCUGAAAGAUUGCGGCCUCUUAAGGCCCAGACCACUUCCUAGUGUAGCUCAUAGGAUCUCAAUGGGUCCAGAGUCCAUUCCCACCUGCACUUAGUGCUGCCGAUUUGUGAGCAGCUCACUAGAGAGUGCUGCUAGUGCAAGAACUAAAGAAACGGCAGUAACAUUUCCUCAUCCAAGAAGCUGUAAAUAAUCUGUAUAUAUUCCUAUAAUCUUGUAUUUUAUAUUAAGAUGUAAUCUUGAGAAAGGUGUUGAAGAGCUUUUUGUUGCGUUGGGGAAAAAAACAUUUUCAUCCAAAUGGUUAAGAGUUUUACAGAUUUGGAAAUGCUUUCAGAGGAGCUGUGUGUGUGUGUGUGUGUGUGUGUGGGCUGUCGAAUGACCUGGGUAUUUAUUCUCCAUUUAGAUCUGUUACACAGCUUUUACUCAACAGUAAUGGUAAUUUAUGAGAGGCACAAACUGAUGUUAGCAGAGCCGACAGAUUUAAUGAUCAUUUUGACAUUUGAUUCUUCAUUUUGAGAACAGCAGCUGACAAUAAUAAUAAUAAUAAUAAUAAUUAAAAAAAGCAAUUUAAGGUCCAUGACAAGCUGGUUCAAACAGUGAAAAAAGUAUGGAGGACUUAAGUUGCAUAUUUCCAGCUGAUAUCUGGUUUAACAGGACGAUUCGCUGUUUACUGGCUUUGAAUGAUGAGGUUCUGAAGUGAGCCUCUAGCUUUCUGUCUGCAUGUAGGUAAAAAAAACAAAAAACAAACUAAAAUCCAACAAUUUUCAUUUAAUGUCAGCGUGGAUUAGAUAAAUGACGAGCAUCAGAAGGCAGGUCAGUGCCUUUUACCUUUGAAAAAUUCAUAUUUAUAAACUAUUGAAUUAAGAAAACAGCAUUCACUGAGUGAGGAGAAAACUUUGCCUUAUCCAACCUGUGGAACUUCUCUAAUAUUAAUGCUUUUAAAGAACAGUUCCACCAAAUCUGCAUGAGAAAUGAGCUAUUAGUUUAUAAAGCAAACCACAAUAUGUUUUUCUUUUCUAGAGGAAGUGACUUUUUAAGUUAGUAAACAUACCUUUUUAUCAUCAAUAUUUUAGCCAAUUCUUUCUGAAUGUCUAACACUGAAAAAAAGAGAAUUAGAAACAAUCAACAAAUAAACCUGUGAAUUAAAAAUGGCAGAAUCGUCUUUUCAAAGGAAAAAAAACAACAACACAAGGGUAAAAAUGUCUGUAUACUGUACUUUAGAAGUCAAAUACUGUAUUACUGGUGUUACUGUGUACAUGGAGAUGAACUCUGUAGAUAAAAACUUGACUGAUCUUUCAUACUUGACAGCAUUUUUCUGCUUUUUUAUUUAAAUAGCAUCAUAUUACAAAAGAGACAUAACAGAUGAUCCGGGCAGAAAUGAUGUGCACUUUCCCAGUAUCAUUUUAUGUAUGUGUGUUUGUGUGGGGAACAUGUGUGUGUGUGUGUGUGUGUGUGUAUUCAGCUUAACAGUGACAUUUGGCUUUUAUGGUGCAACAAGUUUUGUCUUUUGUAAGAAAUUAAUCUCAAAAUAUCAAACUUUUUCCUUCGUUUUUUUUAUGUCGCCUCCACUGUAUUUUUACUCUUUCCAUCCAGAAUUGGGAUUUAAUAUAUUUUAUAGAGGUUUCAUCAAUAUUUUCUUGAUGUACUUUGCAUUUGGAGCUGUACAACUUCUGCAAAAAGCUGUUUUUUUUUUUGUUUUUUUUUAAAUUUAAAAGCAGCUUGACAAACAGUGCAACACAUCCAUAGAUGACUUCUCAUUCAGUGACAGACACUGAGGACAUGUAUGUGAGCCAGUAAGUUAGUUACUCAUGAAUAACGGUGUGAUAUUUGCUUUGUUGCUACUAUUUUAAUAAAGUUUUAUAAUUUCAUGCCGGCCUUCAAGCCUUUUCAAUAGACAUUGGUGCUAUUCAAUAAGGGACUGUUGACAGGUUUUCACUCUCCAAUGUCAAUACACAAAAGGUUUCUUCUUGGGUGCCCUUUAUGUUUGAAAUUAGUCAUUCUUUGUGCUGAUAUCUUUAAAAGUUUUUGCUUGCUGAAAUCUUAAAUAACUUGCUUUUCAUCAGCUCUGAGAUCUGAUGAAAAGCUUCCUAACGUGUGACUCAACAUGGACAAUGCAACCUGAUGUAUCCACUGUACCCGUCUGAAAUACACAUUUCAGUUUUCAGUGUGUGCUGUGACAAAAUUUCAAACCUCCAAGUUAUUCUAAGCACAAACUAACUGCACAUUUGAGGUAAUGAAAUUAGAAUCUUUCACACACAAGCUAACAUAACUCAAGGGUCCACACUGUAUACCUCAACAACUGUCUGUUCACUAUGCACCGUCGAGCUGCAGCAAAGACAUUCUGGACUAGUUAAUGGUGCGAUAACUCUUGACAACAUGUCUUAAUUGACAAAAACACUGUCACGCUGUCAUUGAAUGUGUUCAUGUCAACAAAUAAAAUACUUUGUCAGACUGUCA